UUUCAAUUAAACUAAACGAUCAUUUUGAACAUUUUUUUAGUAAAUCUCGAACAAUUGUUGUAAAAUGUACUCAACAAAAUCUUUAAUAUUUUAUAUUAGUUUUUUUAUAUUAAUAGGAUUUUUUGUCAGUAAUGUAUUAACUUUUCAAUGUUAUAAAUGUACAACUGAGGAGACACCAUCAUGCCAUGAGGAAAAAUUUGAUCCAAAAGAAACUCCAAUUGUUGAUUGUUCUAAAGAAGAACCAAAGAAAAAUUCAACUGGUUGUAAGAAAUGGUUAAGAAGAACUGAUAAAGUUUGGAUUCGUGAAUGUAUUUAUGAUAUUGAUAGUAGAGAUACAAGUAAAAUAUGUGGUGAUGUUGCAUGGGAUUGGAAAACAUUUACAAUACGUGGUGCUAAUUAUGAAGUAUGUACAACUUGUUCUAAUAAUUUAUGCAAUAGUAAUGAUAAAACAUAUUAUAAAAAAUUAUUUAAUUAAUUUUCAUUUUCAAUAUUUGUGAUUUAUU